ACAGCGCUUUGUUGAUGUUUGCAUUCCAUUUGCGCGCACGGAUUUUGUUUCCUGGUGGUGUUUCGCGAUCUCAAAUCCAUCGAAUUUCGUGCUUAAAUAUCGUUUCCAAAACCAUGUUAUUCCCGGAGGACAAAUUCUUCGGAGGAUCUCCCCAAGCGGACAAGGAUUUCAAGCGGCUGGAUGUGCCCUACGUUAGCAAAUCGGACAAGUUCCAUUUCCGAACCAAGGACUUCUCCAAACAGUUCUCGCACAUUUACGCCUCGCGUCUGGGCGAAAUGGUGGGACUGCUCACCAAACGGGCCAAGGAGAAAUGGGGAACCGAACACCCGAUCAAGCAGCUGGCAGAACUGAAGGAAGACAGCCCGGAAAAGUGCGUCAUCAUCGGGACGUUGUUCAAGCAUCAGGAGCUGAAGCCCAGCAUUCUGCGGGAGAUUUCCGAAGAGAAUCAGUUGGUUCCGCAGCCGCCUCGGUCGCACUAUACCGAUGAUGCCGACAUUCUAAUCCUGGAAGAUGCCCUGCAGCGAAUCCGGCUGAUGGGAAAGAUUGACGUGCAUUCGGUUGUAACGGGUGCAGUCUGCGCCGUUCUAGGUUACGAGGACGGCGAUGGACGGUUCCGCGUUGAGGACUAUCUCUUCUAUGAAAGCGGACCACAGAAGCCGCUAAUACCGUUGGAAUGCUCGCCACUCCUCGUACUGAUAUCUGGCUUGAACCUGGGUUCCCCGAACGAUUUUUCCAUGUCCAUGGAGCUCCUUCAGCAGUGGAUCUUUGGCAACCUGGAAGGAUUUGGUCAGAGUCGCGACUGGGAGGCAGCCAGCGUCGUCCGGGUUGUGCUAGCCGGCAAUUCCGUAAAAGCCUCCGUCAAACCGAGGAACAACCUCCACGGACGUCCCACUACCGAAUCCUCGGACCUUCUGAAUGCCGUCAAGGCGGUGGACACCUUCGUGCACAAUCUGGCCCAAUCGGUCAACGUGGAUCUGAUGCCGGGUGAAUUCGACCCGUCCAACCAUAUGCUGCCUCAACAACCCAUGCACCAGUGCAUGUUCCCCAAGGCGGUUCCGUUUUCGAGCUUCCGCGGCGUUCCCAAUCCGUACGCGUUCGAAAUUGCCGGUCGGUCCAUCUUGGGCACAUCGGGUCAAAAUGUCCACGACAUUGGUAGGUACUCGAAGAUCGAAGAUCCUCUGGAGGCACUGAAGAGCACCCUGGUGUGGAGCCACAUUGCCCCAACGGCACCGGAUACCCUGCCCUGCUAUCCGUACUACCAGCAGGAUCCGUUCAUCGUCAGCGAGUGUCCACAUGUGUACUUUGCCGGUAACACGGGUGAGUUUAAAACCGAGCUCUGGAAGGGCAGGAACGGUCAACAAACGCGGCUCAUUUGUGUGCCGUGCUUUUCCGAAACCCAGUCCGUUGCGGUGGUCAAUCUGCGGACACUGGACUGUCAGCAGAUUUCCUUCAAGGUGAAUGAGUUUGAUGACACGGAGGAAUGAGGGUGGCUUUAGUUGUAGAAAUAGGGUGUACGUGUUAAAUAAAUAUUUCUUAUUGAGUUCAAUAA